UACAUCAGGGCUCUGAAACGACAAAAAUCUUUGCAAAGUUCAAGUGACCAGCGAAUGGAGGUCUUUUUAAUAAGCUAGUCCAUUUUUUGGCUGCGAAUAUUUGCUUCGCAAUACGUUAGUAGUACUUAUUGAACGCUGUGGUGUGCAAUUUUCCAGUAAAUAGUGGAGAUCAGGUAUUUGAGGAAUCGAUCGUUCCAUUCUCUUUGAAACAGAUAUGCAAUGUCACUCCGCAAUGUCAAAUCCGGCCUGUAUUGUCAUUUACCAAUCAUCUGACACAAUAGCUUGUGUUGACCGUUGAUCGCUGGUAAUGUUUACAUCUUACGAAGGAUAAACGUUUCUUUGUGUUUUAUUGCUUAAGACACUACUUAAUACUUUUGUAUUGAACGAGAGCUGGCCGGUCUGCAAAUUAUAUUUUUCAGGUUCACCAUGGGCUGUGGAAAUAUAAGCUGUGGGGUAAGAGGUAAGCCUAUUAUUUAAAUGAACAUCAGUCACUUUUGUGCCAUGUUAUUGCUGUGUUAGAGCCAUUGCAUGUUUAGUUAUGUUAUAAUCUGCAAGAUCUCUUCAAAAGCUACAGUAUUAUAUGUGUUACGGUUGUUGUUGUGGUGCAUGUACCUUUAAACAAUUCAGUUAUACAACUGUAGCUCAUCCGCAUAGCUUACAGCCUGUCCUGGCCUUCAAUUAAUGUGAAGUGCACUUUUUCGUCAUGAAGUAAGUUAUAUUUUUGUACAGUUUAAGCUGCAUUGCUCCUUAUAGGUACAUUAUAUAUGUUGUAGUUAAUUUUUUAUCUCAGGUAAUUUUUAUUUUUCUUUUGUUUCAACUUCAUUGGCAGCAUUACCAUACCCAAAAACAAAUCAGCAAUUAACAUAUACAACAAUUAACAAUUAAAAUAUACAUCAAGUUACAACUUUGUGGUAUUAACUCCAUGUCUUUCUGCAAGUACCGUCAUCAAAAGAGAAUCAAAGCAACCAAACAAUAGAGUUUUCCUGGGGGCUUUAUUGUUUGGUCAUUUGAUAUCUUUUGUUUUACAUAAUCUGUGCCUCGGCUCCUCAGAGGGAACCUAAAGUAACUUCAGAAUCCCCUACCUCUUAUGUGCAUCUCACUGAAUAUAAAUUAUACUUUCUCUGAGUCAAACACGUGAGAUUUUUGUCUUGUCAAGACUGGGAUUUCCGAAAAUGUCCCAGCGACAUUUGAAGAUUUCUGACAAUUUUCUGAAGAGGUCCAAUCUUUGCAGAAAAUAUACAAAGACAUUCUGAUGACCUUUGAGCAUCCCCAAAGCUAUUGAACCCUUUAAGCCCCAAUAUCCACAUACAAAUUCCCCAAACUGAUCUCUAUAUAUUUCCUUAAAGAAUGAGUUGAGAGAAUUUGAUAAAAGAUCAAAGUAUUUGCCCUUAGGUGAUCAUUUAAUUAAUUCUCAUAACCUCAUCUCAUGAUAACGUAUGGAUGUUGUUAGGAGAAAAUUGCUGUUGGUCACUCUUAGGACUUACAGCCUGUAAAGGGUUAAAAGGCAACAAUUUUAGCAUAUUUUGAAACAGUUAGGAUACAACUUAGUCAACCUGUAUACAUGUAUAUAAGGCUCCUUUUGGAAUAUUUUUGUGGAAAUUCAAUUGAAUUUUUGUCAUUAAUCAUGUAUUAAAGAACAAUUUGUCUGGAUUUGUGAGUCAGGCAUGAGAAAUAGUUCCUGAUGCAUGAGAUCAAUCCCUUUAGUCAGCGGGCAUGAGAUUCGCGCAUAAUGCAUGAUAGUUGGCAGGUAUGUGAAUAACAAAGGUCCCUAAAUUGUGUUAUGCUUGUUCUUUGAAGUGUUCUGACAAGUAGUGGGGUAUUUUGAAGUUACUCCAAACUUUGAUGUUAUAGGUAUGACUGAUCAACUAUCGCUACCCUUCAGUAAUCCCUUCAGUAGCUGUUGACAAGUGGGAGGUAGCAUGGCUAGUCCCUUUGUUCCAGUAGACCUUGACAAGCUAUUAGAUGAGUUUGAGGAGAAGGAAGAAGGUGGGUGUUAAUAAUUCAGGACGAUAAUGUUGUCCAGAGCAGAAAUCAAUAUCAACAACUUCUUACCAACAAUCCCUUCAUUUUUAUUUUAUUAAAGAGUUUAAAGAAAAACACUUGUACACUUUUCUGUGUAAUUCAAUAAUAAGUGAAAGAAUAUGUUAUUAGACAAAAUCUUGAUUUGCACUGGCUUUCACCUUUUUUAAAGAAGAAUUGUUUUGCCCUACAUGUAAGUCUGAAACAAAAACUAUUAACCAAUGUAACUUUUCCCAUUGUAGAAACAAAACCUGAGCAAUUGGCAUCAUUUGGUGCAACUGACCCUAACAGUAACCUGACAACAAGACAGAGGUUUCAAGCACCAUUUCCUAGUAUCAAGGAAGAGGCACUGUCUGACCAAGGAUCUGAACAAUGCAUCUCAGAUGAAAAGAACAGCAGUACUAGUAGCGGCGAUGAUAGCAGCGAUGGUGAUAGUGUCAGUGGUGUAAUAGAAGCUGCGGAAGCAAUUACAAACCAGGGGCCGAAUCUUAAUCAGCCUCAGACAAUUUUACAAGGUGUUAAAAAUGACAGUGUUAGUGAUGAACAUAAAGAAAAAGUAAUUGUUUGGGAUUGUGCUUCUAGUGAGAGUUCAGCCUGUGGCAACAAUGCCUCAAGUUCUAUUGAGAAAAGUAAUUCUGGAAGCUAUAAAUCGAAUGACGCGAAGUUCUCAAACCAGUAUGGAUAUGUCCAAUUGGUAAACGAAGAUACAGAAACGGCAUCUGAGCAAAGUGAAACUGUUUUACAUGACGAUAAUUGCCAUGUAGGGGAGCAAGCUAGAAAUGCAACUGAAAUGUUAGCAUCUGGUGUAUUAUAUUCAGAAACAAGUGAUGAAUUAUUAUACCAAGAACAGACAUUGGCUGGCAUUGGUGGUGAAGAGAGGCUUUCUAUUGAUGAGAACAAACAAAACACAAAACUUUCUAUCGUUGGUAGUAUUAACGAUAGCAGUUUUGGAUUAAGUGAUCCAAAAAGUGAUGUUGUUGCACCUGAAAUGUCAAACAUUCCUCUGUCUACCAGUGUGGAGAUGCAGUUUGCUGACAAGUGUAAUGAAGACUCAGAUUUAUUGGAAACAAUUGAAGAACAUGUGUCAAACAUGCCUGUAUUAGAUAAUCAACAUAUGACACAUGGACAAGAAAUACGAGAAGAACAGAUAAGUGAAAAUGGCAAUGAUUAUGAUAGGUACAGCACGGAACUUGGAGCUGUUGGUGGAAUUAACCAUAAUGAUACUCCUAGUUUAGUUGAUUCAAGUUGUGAAGCUGAUGCGCAUUUUGCACAAGACACAGUGAGUGGUAUCCCUGUGUCUCAGAAUGAUGAACAUACUUAUGUCAAAAGUGAUUGUGGACCUACUGUAUCAGCCCAUGAACAGUCACAGUCUGAGCAGGUUGGUGACCCUGUGAUAACUGCUGUUCUGGUUGCUAUUGACCCAGAAGUGACUAAUACUUCAACUACUGAAGCACAAGCCAUUCUUGAUGACCAAGAAGUUGCUUCCUACUCAACUGUCCAUGUCCCUGGUGAAAGUCAUCCUGCAAGCUCAUAUGAUGAAAAUCAAGUCGAAAGGGAUGAGCAUUUUGUUGGUUUAGAUGAACAUCAUGAUCACACAAUUUCCCCCGACUUAACCAUAACAGUGCAUUCUCAAGACUCACCGGAGGCGCAACGUAUCACCUCAGGAGAAGCAAACCUUGGUAAAGUGCCACCAAUUUGGGUCCCUGACUCUGUAGCUACUCAUUGUAUGAAUUGUGGGCUGAAGUUUAGUGUAAUAAGGAGGAGACAUCAUUGCAGAGCCUGUGGAAAGGUAUGUUGCAUGCUACACGUAUGGAGUGUGCAAAAAGUGCUAUUCAUAAUACACACUUGAAUAUACUUUAUUAUGCAUGCGAGUCAUAAAAGUAGCAUGUAUUUUGAGGUGGCCUGUGUUGCAGACAUUUUUUAACCCUGGUUUGUAACAUCUGCGAAGCAGCACCAAGAUCCUUGUUUUGGGUCCUCAGUGGAUUUAAUGAAACACUGGAAGUGAGUUUCAAAUUUCCUUACAACCUAAUUGGUGAAUUGACAAUGAAUUUUUUAACAGGCAAAUCACGGCAUGUACUCAAAUCCUGUUACACAGGUGGGGACUGGCAGAACAAGGAUUAAAAUAGGCACUGUGUCACAGACGGCCUUAACCAGAGUUUAUAGUUUUGUCUGUGGUGCAGGCUAAUUUAAAGGUAAAUGGGAAUAGAUUCCCCAAGCUACCCUUUGCCUGGUUUAGUGCUGAUAUUUAAACCAUUCACAGCACAGUAAAAAGUUCUGAGUGAUUCUGCCAGAUUUCAUGACCCAACCUGCCAAGAGAAAUCUGUGUUUGGUCUCCUUUAAUAGACACUCUGCGUUGUUCCUUGUCUAUACUGGGGUGUCACGCUCCAUUCCUUAAUCCACAACAAUGACUGCAGGAAUAACAAUAGUACUGUCUGAUAGUCUAGGGCCAGUGGAGUGACCCAUUGUGCUAGCAUACAAGUUGCAAGUUGCCCACCAGGCAAGCAAAAUUUCUUGAGCACAUUAAUGUAAAUAUUGCCAAAUACGGGGCUUUGGUAGGCCAAGAAAAUUUUAUCUAACACUGCACUUGCAAAGCUAUCACUUGGCUAUCACAUCAGGAACAAUAACCAAUGUGGUGGUUAGUACUGUUUUGCUUCUUUUUGGCCUAAUAGCGACCAGAAAAUGUCUCUGUCAAUUAUUGUUAACUGGCAUUUUUUGGGACAAUUCUCAGUGGCGAAUGGUUUGACAGUUCAUACAGACACAGUGUUCGGCAUAAAGUCUUGUGCCAUUUUAUACCACACAUGAUUAACCAUGGCCAUAUCAAAUCAUAAUAGUUUAGGCUCUGACAUGAAUAAUCAUUGUUUUCUAGGCUUUGUGCUCUUCAUGUUGCAACAUGAAGUUCCUGUUACCAUAUAUGAACAACAAGGAAGGGCGUGUUUGUCAAAUAUGCUGUAAUGCUUUGUUGAGAGGUAAACUAUUUCGCAUGUGAAUAGUGAUAUGUUGUAGAUAGGUGCAUCAUUAAUUAUCUCUUAUCAUCUCUUAUUGGACACCUCUAUAACACAGAAACCUUGCUAAAACAGACACCUACACUGUAGGUUUGGUUCCAACCUCGUUCCUAGGGUUCUCUAGCUACUACCCAUCCCUAUGGAGCGAGAGAGAGAGAGAGACGAAUAGGAGAGAGAACCUGGGAAAGAGGUUGGGUUUGGUUCCUUCUUUUCUUUGCCACUUUUUGUUGACUCUCAAUAAGACAGACAUCUCUCAAAGGUGGACACUUAGUGCCAAUCCCACAGUGUCUGUCUUGGAGAGAGUUGACUUUGAGCAUUUCAAGUUAUGUUCCUGCACUCCCAUCUUUAUACUGGGACUGAAAAAAAUUCUUGGAAUCUGAAUUUGAAUUCUUUCACAAAAACGUAAACGAUCAAUUCAAGUGCAUACACUGCACCUGGCACAUGGGCCUAGUCCAGAGGGGGGUCCUCUAAAGUGAUUAGGAUGAUAAACAAUGGGGGAUCAGCCACCCCCCCCCAAGAAAAAAAAAAUCCCUGGAGAUGUUUCUGUCGGUUUAACAAACAACCUUCCCAUUGCAGCCCAGGCCUUGAUGCAGGUUGUAGACAAUCUAGCCAAUGAGAAUAUCAGCGGAAAUGAUGGCAGUUCAACAGAUGAGUUACUCCUGGAUAAUGGCUUAGAGGAAGAAGAGGAAGAGGAGGAGGAAGGAGAGCAACUACCUGUACAUCACCAUGAAGAUGCAGUGGAGCAGGAAUUAACAGAAGGCCCUGAACCUGUUGGAGAUGUUGGUGAGGAUACAACAGAUUUUCCUGGGGCAACAGGUAUGAUUCGGGAGUGAAGUUUUAAAGUUUGUUUUUUGUUGACAGUGCACUUACCUUAUCCAGCUAAGCUCUUUACUCAAAUAGUGAUAAACAACUAAUUUAAAUAGAACAUAAGCUGAUUAAAAACCCAAACUGGCAGGAGAUGACCAGUUGGCUAUUUACAAGCGCAGCCACGGAUUUGAGCUCGGAACAACCAAAAACAAAUCCAGCAAGCGGCCAGAGCACCUCGUGGCCACACUGCCCCCUAAAAAUUAUAAUACUCAUGCUCUUGACUCGUACAAUGUUAAAUUAAUGAUGAUGUGAACCUUUGUGUGUAAAAGUAACUAUUAUACUUCUUUUUAGGUGGUUUCAAUGUAGUGUUUACAGUGCUGCCAGUUUUAGUUACCGGAGAAAAGAUGUCUUAUUUCAUUAAUCUGUGACAUAAUUAUUAUGGUGUACAUUCUGAAACAACGGUUAAGCUUUGAUGAUCUCUUCUUAACUAGCUUAGCAACCCACAUAAAGGACUACUUCUCUAAAGAAAUUUGAAGGUUAUUUUACGCUUCCUAGGGCAGGAUUUUGCACGAGAACGCACUGCCCCAGUUUUGCCACCUCUGCAGAUUCCAAUAACUUUGCCCCAAGACUUGGGUGACACCCCUUUGGCCACGCCCACUUCCCCUGCUCUUUCAGAUGACAGCGACUGUCUGUUUAGAUUGGAUGUCGACAAUGUACGCUCUCUGUUGCCACAAGAUAUAACCGCCUUGCCGCCUGUCCUUAAAGUUAUAAAUGGAGGUAUGGUGUGUGUAUUUGACUGUAAUGACAGCCUGCAUAGCAGGCAUCAGUUUUAUUGCGGGGUGAAGGGAGAUAACUCUAAUACGCGUGUAUACGUGAGGGCAGAAAAUGAGAGGAGCUUUCCCCCCUCUUCGAGUUUUCCUUUAGUGAGCUGUAUAAAAGCUAAUCACGUAAACUAACCGGCGCCUGCACUAAUAACAACGUACUAAUAACAACGUUUUUUUGACUUUCCUGAUACUGCAGAGAACAUUAAUAUGUUGCCUAUUCAGUUAAAACUAUAACAACAUAUUCUGAUCUGACUGGCUAUUGGUAGCCCCGAUUUCAGCAUAAAUAGGGCUAGAACAGUUUUAUAGGACAGUUUUGGUAGCAUGGGUACCAGAGGUCUUUUUGGCUAAAGUCACCAGCGGCAGUUUUUGCGCUGGUCACCAUAAAGACUUGACCGCAGCCGGAAACCGCGCAAGUCCCUGGCAUCUAGUGUACUUAAAUGGUUUUGUUACUGAACAAUUUUGUUCUUUUUUUCCCCGGUCUCUUUUUCGCGCGCGCUCCAUUGUUGCUCUCCCUAGUCCCCUAAAUGUUUUUGCUCUUUUGUUUUGUUUGUUUGUUGUUGUUUUUUUCGCGCGGUUUUGGUCUGUUUUUGUUUUCGAUGCGCCCGUUGCCGUCGCCGAAGGCUUUGCUUUAGGCUCUCUAUUUACUAUAAUAUAAUGUCUGCACAUAAUUGCUUUAUUGCAGAAAUAUCAAUACAAGAAAGACCUGACCCAGCAGAAGUAAUGUACCAGAUAAAAGGUGUGAAGCUUCCGUGUUUAUGCAAAUCUGAAUGAAAAUCUAGCAGUUAUUUACAAAUAAAUUCGAAACUUAACAACCAGUUGCGUUUGAGAAAUUAACAUUUGAAGUUCUGUGGGUACUUUCACGAGAGUUACAGUAAUUUGACUCCAUUUCUCGUACAACUAUUAUGAUGGUAUAUAAAGUCACAUGUCACAGUACUUGCCGGUAUUGCAAAGCUUUACAACUUAAAUCGUCAAUCAACGCACUAGAUUUAAUUAUUUUCUGCCAAAAAAGUAGCAUUGAUUUGUGAAAGUUUUUUUUAUUUUUUGUGUUUUAAAAAACACUAACAUUUAUGCAACAAUCAAAAGAAAGGGAAACAAGAGAAAACGAAGAAAACAAGAAAAGAAACCAAAAAAUUACAUAAGUCCCUGGAAUAAAAUAAAGCAAUUGAUUGGAAUUAAGUGCAAUUUAAACUGCAAUUAUAGCAUCAUCCAAUUACGAAGACUUACAAUCUACACAUUUAUCUGUGCAGGGCUUCAUGAAACAGUUGCUUUCCUACUGAAUAAAAACCUGGUGGUCAAAGUCAGCAUAGUGAAAUGUAAGUUUGCCAGUUGACGUGUAUCGUGAUAUCCGUCAGUAAACACUCAAUGACUGUUUCCGAAGGAGACAUUGAGAUUUGAGAGAAAUAAAGUUAACUGUCUUCCCCAGAGACCAUUUUAUUAUAGCCCUUAAUGAAAUUUUCUACGCCUCAGGGAGUGCUCAACGUUCGCGGGUAACAUUGGACAGUUACUCUCUGACGUCAUAGAUUUCGCAAUGUGAUGGCUCCGAGAAUUUCGGUGGGAGACUGCCGGGAAACAGUUUUAUUGUUGUAUGUCAUGUGACCUCAAAGAAACCAAUGAGAGCGCGACCUGUUGGGGAAAAAUUUUCCUGUUAUAUGACAACGUUUUUUAAUUAAACUUGGUUUUUAUUUUAUUAUAUGUAAUUGUGCAUUCAAGUAACAUGCUUGAUAUCCGGCUCAUCUAUACAGUGUUUUUAUUGUUAUUCUCUUUUUAGUGAGCUGUUGUGUGAAGCAUAAAUGUUGGUGUUUUGUGACAGACGGAAUGGGAGCUGCCAAUCAAGAAGAAAUGGUAAAAUAUGCAAACUAGCUUUACAUCGAAAAAGUGUGAUUCGUGAAAGACAAACGUGAUUUGGUUACAUACAGCAGUGAACCGUGAAUCGAUUGCUUUCGUGAUAACUGCAUGGGUUUGACUUGUUUUCUUUUCGUGAAAUGUGAACCGUAACUCUUUUUUCGUACCAAAAAAUUACUUAGAUAGUGCUGGAAAAAAGACAACGUGUACACAAAUUUGUAUGGUAGAACUUGAAAAACAGCAUGUCUUCCGACAGGUGCCCUUAGACGCUUACGGGCAAUGUUUAAUUCGAUCAAGAACUCACGGUCACGUUUAAACGGGUUCCUAAGAAAUGCAAAGUGUUUCGUGGGUGAACAGAUCACAAUUACAGUCACAAGAUAAGAUUCAGUGAUUUUGUUUUGUUACCUCUGCGUCCUGUGUUCGUGACGCAUAAAAAUCCCCAACGACGUAAAAUAAUUCAUGGCAUGCGUCCCGUAGGACGCAAAAAUCAAUCGAUCGAUCUGAACAUGUGAAUUUGUAGAAAUAUCCCGUUCGUGUAAUUUCUGUGGCCGUUAUGAUUUCUGUUGUUUAACGAUGCGUAUUUCUUUUAGCCUUUGUUGUGCUUUAAAAUAGAAGGGCUAUAUUUUAUGUCAGUACUGCAAUACAGAGUUUUGGAGUCUCUCUUCAGACUAACUUUCUGGUUACAUAAAGUCCCAAGCAUUUUCAAUUUCUAACUCGUUUUUUUUAACUGGGACUCAUUGGUUCUAGUCUAGGACUCAUGAUUUUUCACAAGAUGAGUCCCAACACACACUAUAACUGUUUGUAACAAAAUCACUGUAGAGUACGAAACAGAGUAAUUAUUAUUUUUUUGGCAGGUCGUUUUGCUGGAGUGUCUUCGUAAAGAGACAAUGCUGCCCAAGGAUGUCCUCUCGCACUUUAACACAGCAUUUGCUUAUGCCAAACAAGGUAGAUGCUGGUUUCCAAAGUGAUAAACCCUUAGUUGUAUUACAACCUGCUUAUUAUAAUAACAUCUUUAUUCAGCACCUUUUAACAUCAACGCUUGUGGUCUGUGAUCAAUGCAAUGUAGAGUAGGAACUAGUUGAGGUGGACACAGGUUAAGGAAGUAGAUAAAUAAACGUAAACAGCAGUAAAACGCACUCUUAGAAGCAUCGUAUCGUAUUAGACUCUAUUUUGAGGUACUUUUAUUUCAUAGAUACGGGAGGGGGGUAAUUAGAAGCUGAGUGCCAAGCCAAUUCGAGCAUUUACGGUAUGCGCAUAGCCAUAUUUUUACAGAAACGUAUCAGACUGAAUGACUUCAGUUCUUCCAAAUGGAUACUCGAGAGGAAGAGUAAUUAUAAUAUUCUCGCGACAACUAAGCCCUUUAAAGAAAGUAACAUUGAGGACUGAGGUAAUGUUAUCAAAUUUGUAUCUUUAAAUUUAGGUCACACGGUGUCAGAACUUGGCUACACUAUUUUUGGUCAGCCAUUUCUGGGCAGUAGUGACAAUGCAGGCUUCCUUUAUGUCAAGCCAACAUAUCAGGUACUGGCAACUUCCCAACAAUAUCAAUACAUAAUCAAGAGCAAAAAGGUUAGACUAUGUUAAAGGAGUUCCCUCUACCAGCUAAUGCUUUGAAGAGAUGUGUGGAGGUCAGCUUGGAGGAUUCACGAAAUUUGUCAAAAUUAAAACAGAGGAAACUGCCACCAAUUUAGUGGGACAUAAAAAUAACUGCUCAAAACAUUAAAAGAAGGUAUAAAUAACGCAGCAAUUGUAACAGGAAGCACGGAUGGACAAACUUGAAGAUGAUUGAAACAGAUUGCUAAUGUGGUUUUUGUAAACUUGUUAGCCGAAAAGUUUUUUUUUGAAGUUAAUUUUUGUUGUUUGAAUCGUUUGAAAUAAUGCGUGGAAGACUUAUUUGUUGGACGUGAAGCUGUAUUUUUAUCAUUCGCGAGUAAUAUCAUAAGUUCCAAAGCGAAUAAGAACGCUUAAAACUCGGUAACCUCAUGAUAAGACAAUUAUUGAACUCGGUUAUCGCAAAAUAUCGUGAUUUAUCAGUGUCUCGCAGAUCAUUUAUUUGCCUAUUCAGCUUCGGCAAAUAAUUGAUCUGCUCGCCACUGACAAAUCAUGAUAUAUUGCUCAACCUCGUCCAAUAAUUAUUAAUCAUUAACAAAAUAAACUAACUAGCUAGCCAUGGCACAGCCCGUUUAGAGAAUUAAAGUAUAUUGUGGCUAACAUAAAAUUCCUUUCGUCAUUUCCCUAGUGUCUUAAAAAGCUUCCAUUACCGUCUACACCUUAUGUGGUAGGGAUCUUGAUUAAACGUCAGGAGACACCGUGGGCCCAACUCUUUCCUCUGAGGCUUCAACUUCGACUUGGAGCUGAGUACAGAUGUAUGUACCAUUCUGUUUAGUUAUGAUCAUUUCAUUUUGUUGCCAAUCCAAAUUAUAGCCCGUGUAGUAGCCUGCGUGAUAGUCCACAUGAUCGCCUUCGUGAUAGUCUUCGUGAUAGCCUGUGGUAGUAUGCGUGAUGGCCUUCGUGAUAGCCUGCGUAAAAGUCUGCGUAAUAGUCUGCGUGAUUGUCCGCGUGAUAGCCUGCAUAGUAAUCUGCGUGAUAGCCCGUGUGACAGCCUGCGUAAUGCUGAGUCUGCGAGAUAGUCUUCGUGAUAGGUUUCGUUUCCUGACUUGUCCAUCUUGUUACGAUGUCCCUACUAACAGCAUUGUUACGCCAUUCGAUAUACAUAUCUAAACCGCACACAACCCACUAUCAUGCCUUGAACGGCAUUAGCUCGUCUUUGGAGAGUACAAGACUGGUUACAUAAUACAGGGUGAACGUUUAGUUAUCAUUUUGUUUGCAGAUUACCCGUGUCCACUCUUCAGCUCGCGAACCAGACCAUCUGUCUAUGGUGAAGUGGGCCACACAAUCAUGAAUCUGUUAGCAGUAUGUAUAUAUCCAACAUCUUGAGUCAAAAUAAACGCUGUCACGGAACCCAGCUUUCUACUAUUUUAUUCCCAAGCUAAAUGAAGAUCACCCCCCCUCCCACCCCAGUUCUCCCCUCCCCUACUUCCUUAGGAAGGCCUAAUACUCUUAUCAGUCAGGAAGGUAAUGAGGAAACAAGGGCUUAAUUUCACAAGAUCAGAUGCCUUGGUCAGUUUCUUAUGCCUGCCUGCUUCUUUUUCAUUUUCCAACUCUGUUGGAGGUAUAAGAUAGAUGUUGAAUACAUGUACAACACCUGAUCCUGUUACUCUCAUUGUAUCAAUGGGACACCUAUUAGGCCUGCUUGUUCGUAUUUGCCUGCUUCAUAUGACAGAAAACCCUGCUUUCUACACAAGCCUGUUGAGUUUCAACGUCUCAACAAGAACCACUAUGGCUUUUUGUCUCACCUGUCACCACCAAACUAAUUGUUAUUCAUAGAAUAGAGUAGUACCACUGUGCAAACAGUUAUAAGAACUACAAGUUAUGAACACUGCUAAUAACAACUCUUGAAUUAAGAAUACACCUAUUUAGCACAGGUGUAGCCGCACCCUCCCCCCGACAAAGGAAAAACGGAGAGAGAAAGCUCUCUUUCUCCGUUCCUCUUUUUCCUUUGUCGGGGAGGGUGUGACUACACUUAGGCUAACACCUUUUCUUCAGUAGGUUAGCUUAAGAGUUAUACGUUUGCACUAUUAUAUGUCCACAGGAUUUCAAAAAUUUCCAGUAUACUUUAGCCAGAGUGACAGGCCUUGUGAUUCACAUGGAGGAGAAAAGGACCCUAGUUAGACUACCUCAAGACAGAUACGAUGAGGUACAGAGUAUCAUUAAUUUAAUGUUGGGAAGUGAAUGAAUUGCCUCUAAGAAGCAGUUGCAAAUCAGUGAUUGUAAACGAAUUGCUGCAUGGGCUUAUAGUUUUGUAACACUUGCGUGAGUCUAUCCCAUUCUAUCGUAACUUAUCUUGAGUUCUCGAACCCAUCUUAUUUUCGACACAAUUAACUGGUAAAUUUACUGGUCUUUGAGUUGCCGAACUUGAAAGGCCAUUUCGCAACUUGAAAAACGCGAUCACUCUUCAUUUCUGGUUUCUCACUAACGUUAUUUACUGUGACUUUUAAUCGAGUACUUUAUUUCAGAUUGUUUCCGCACUCCCCUUUGCCUCUAAUAAUAUUUCAAAUCGCGCCAGUUAUCCCGCAAUACUGCAGUCUAGAAUAAACCCUGAGUUCUAUUUAAAGAACGCUCUCACCGCACUGUAAAUUUAUGUUUAUAUCAGGUUGUAAAGAUUCUGAAUGCUUCGGAUGAACACGUUAUGGCUUUGGGUGCUAACUUCAGCCUACAGGCGGACUCACACCUGGUGUGUAUACAGAGCGAACAAGGCUACAAAACUCAAGCCAUAAACAUACAGAAUCAACCCAGGAAAGGUGCAGUAUUUUUACCUUGUACCUUACAGGUGGACUAGCUUCUACAUUAAGUAACGCUCAAAACUAAAUACAUGUGGAGUCUGGUCGUCUCUCGCGCCACUUACCUUGCCUCUUCGGGCUCCGUUACGCAUAAGGCCGCCACAGCUUGCCUGCUAUCUUGAACAGUGUGUCUGGUUUCAGUAACGAUAUAUUUUUUUACGGGAAUGGGAGAUUAGCCCAUCACCCAACCCCCAACCUGGUGGACCAAGCGUUGCAAUACGUCUAGGUCCCAACUGGUAUAGCUUCCAGGAUCAUUAAGGCACACAAAUCUUCGCCUGCCGUCUGUACCCUUCCCAUGGUCCCUUGCAGUUCAUCACCAGUCGCUCACCUCUACCUUGCGAAAACCGAAGCGCCUGAGGAGGAGGCUGUCCCUACCACGUUAUUAAAAGGUACAACAAUGACACUUAUGGAGGUUCCAGCGCCACUCGAAUUAUUUUUUUUUUCUGCGAUGUUAACAUGUUUUGUGUCUUAAUUUAGUGACUGGAGCAAGCUUUAUUGUCUUUAGUGGUGCUGUGAAGUCAAGUAGUCCAUUUAUGGCCAAAGUUAGCAUUGUCGAAGGUUUGUCACUUGUUGUUUGUCAGUCUAUAAUGAUUUUCUUGUCGGUCCAAGUUGGACGUGGUUGUUUUGCGAAGUUGUUUUAGGAGCCAAAUUGUCGUCUCCAACGCCCAAGCCCUCCGUCGGUGGAACACCGUUGAACACUGUUGUUGCAGACUCGGUACUCACCUAGUCUAGCCCUUCUCAGAUGUUAAGAACUCUCUCCUCUGGCGUUGCGUGACAGAAAGAAGGUGGCCGUGAGGCGAGGUUCCAUUGUAUCAAUUUGACUGUUUAUUAUGCGGGUGCGUUAUGCAGGGUUUCACUGCAUCGGGUGUUAGAGUACUGCAAGUGAAAUAAAACGUCUCAGGUUGAGUGUCCUUUUCUUGUAGAUGGAAUUAUGGUGCAAAUGAUGCCUGACGCGAUCACCAAGUUAAGGAGUUCCCUUAAGGAGAUGAAGGACUAUACCAUCACCACAGGAAUUCCCGGUGGGGGAGGGGAGGAGGAAGUUAUUGUAGAGUGGGUCAGUCGAAAGGAUGCCCCGCGCCAAUCCAGGUAUAAAACUCGUGUUUACAGUGAACUCUACCUGUGAUGGGGACCCUGUGGCCAUUAGCACUUGGGCCUUUGGCGUCCAAUACUGCACGGACAAUCUAACGUACGGACAAUCGUCAAUCAGACAAGACUAAUUUUGUACGAAUGGGCUUUCAUACAGAAAAAUAUUGUGCGAACUAAGUGAUUUGCACAGAAACGAAUAAAUCUUUUUUUACUUAAGAUUAAUGCCGUACUUAGUCGUCUCGAAUUGGUGUAAAAAAUAUGUACAAGGCAAGACUACCACUUCAAAUAUUCGGCGACAAAGGCGAAGUGUGUUAACAGUGAGAACUAAUUUACUGAGCCGAACAAGCUAACGUACGUAGUAUAAAAUGUAAGUAAGACUAAAACUAAUAGCGUACGAACUGAACAACAGAGAAACGUUAUUAAUAAAGACUUACACGUACGAACUUUCGUAUUGAAGAGAGUGAAUAAGACAAGAAGAAUGUAUGUAGACAAGACAAGACAAGACUAGCUUAAGUCCAUGCAUGAAGAAACGUCAAGAUGACAAGGCUAAUACCGUACUAACGAAAUCCAUAUGGAGAGACGCAAAGGCGACACAGCUGAUUCAGUGCCGGAACGAACUAACGCUCGAAACGGGUUUUCGAACGAACUGAUGUACGGACAAAAUACAGAAAAAAAAAGACUAGUUCUGUACGGACGACUGAACGACGUACAAAGAAAAUAUGGGGGGGACAAACGGGUGGGAACUCGGGAGAAUAAAGAGCCAAAAGCUUACGGAAGGCGGACGAGGAAAAGAGCGGGAUUUACACAACAAUUCUUAAAUAAAUAUUUCAGUAUCAAUCGAGAAAGAAAUAAAGAGAAAAAGCGAAGAAAAGAAGGGGCAGAAGACAGAAACGCAAGGUACGGGAGGCGGAGAGGUUUGGAUCCUCUGUCCCUCUCCACAAGAAACGGUGAAAACUAAAAAGAGUCUCCUAAAGAGCGUUUUGACUUACUGAGAAGCUUUUUAAGAAGGGAAGGGCGAGUGCCUUGCCAACCAACCAAAUUACAGAGCCAAAAUACUGACACGACAAGACUAAUAGUUAUACCACGCGAACAAGCAAUCGUGCGAAGUAUAGCACGUAAGCAAGACUUAAACUAAUACCUUACGAACUGGAGAAAAGACAAAACUUUCUUCAGAAGAGACUUGCAUCCUGCGAACAAACUGGCAUACUGAGGAGCGAAUAAGGCAAGACGAAUACCGUUCAAACAAACGUUGAUAUGUCGAGACGAAGAAAACGAGACACGUAGAGUCAUAACGCAGUAGAUUACUUUCUUCGCUUUUUAGUCAAGUUGCUUUCCAACACUGCGAGGGAACAGUUCGUGGUUUGCUUGCCGUCUGGUACAACGUAAACCAAAAUGAUGAGUACCAGGUUCUGAUCCACUAGCCAGAGAGGUGUUCGGCUAAAAGAGGAUCGAAGGAGAGCACUGAAAUCGGCAGGGUCCAAGUCUAGGAGUCCGUUUCAGGGCGGCCCCUUUCUUGUUGAAGUUCGUUCUUAACUCAUAGCCCUAAUAUCAAAAUUCAAAUUCACAUGUGUUGUUCCUUUACGUUUCCUAAAGCGGUAGUGGGGAGAAGUUGUUGAAGUAUCAUUUAGAUUCAUCGUCUGUGAUCAUGCACUCAAUUCUCAUGACCACUCUGUUUAGUAAAGCAUCGAUAUUACAGGGGGAAAUUUCAUGCUGAUCACUGCCAGGGCCGGGUUAAAGGCGAGUUGACUGUAUAUCUUUUUUUGGAAAUUUUAUUCAGCUUAUGCAGCCCGGUAGAUGGUCUUCAACUGGACGGUUUCCCAAGUGUGAAAGUUCAUAGUGGCUAUGAUUUCACGCGCAAGAAUGCCUUCAGGAUUCAGUGGAUGGAGAUGUAUUUCUUAGGUGAAGGUCAUCAAAGUGCUUCCCGGGAUUUGAAUAAAUUGACUGCAGAGGUAGCAAAGGCUUUUGCACGAACACUCAUGCCACACCUACAAAAGCUGAGUUCUGACAACUGCACAUUUCUUGGCUUGCGAGUCAGUUUGGAUAGUGAAAAUGUAAGUUCUUAUCAAAGUGUUACUAAAAAAAAAAGGUUAGUUGUACUUCCCUUCAGUUUAUGGUAAACUCUUUUUGGACAAGACCGUACCAUAUUUUUCUAGAGAAGAGUUUUACUCCGUUGACCCCGUAUGAUAAACUACAUGAGUGCAAGAACAAAAGCGUUCGUUUAUAAAUUCAAAUUCAAAUUCCAACAGAAAUUGUAGACGAAUAACCCCCGUGUACAUUUGCUACCUUUAAACCAUUGUUUAUUGCGGGCGACCAGAGCAGCCCGCAAUCCUACAGGUAGCUAUGGCGCGUGGGGGGCACGUAAGUAGCCAGCAUUCGUUUGGACGUCCACUAAGAAUGACUGGAAUUUAUAGAACGCAAUCUAUCACUCGCCUUUGGACCUUUUAUAACACGCACAGCUGUUCUCUAUCAGAGCCUGGUGGCCCUGGCGUCCAACUUUUGCUCACAGGCGACUAGAAACGAAAACUCGGAAUAGCGAACAAAUUUUGCCAGUCCCUUGGCCCUUCGUUAUAUCGAGGUUCCAGUGUAUUUUCCUCAGGACACAGCCUUUGACUCGUUGUCUUAUCAGUAGCUCACUAAAUGUAGAAGGUUUCUCGACAAAAGAUUCGCUCUUUCCUUUACCGGCAAAAACGUACCGCGGUUCUAGAAGUCACUAUAAUUUCAUGCUUGCGAUGCCUGAGGUUCCACUGAAUAUAGCUAGAUGGCUGUGAUCUUCUAGUGUUCUGCUUUAGUCAGCUAACCAAUUUCACGCAAACUCUUGCAUGCGCUGUAUACGGCCAGAGGGCGUUGUGCCAGAAAAAAAAGUACCUAUUUUUAACUCGGGAGUUCCAAACAAUUAGGAAGGCGGGUAAAUUCAGUAGGGAAGUCUGUCAACUGGUUAUUGAGCUCUAGAACAACACGAGUACGUUCUUGUUUGUGUUUAUGCAGGUUGGGUUUGUAACUGGGAGUAACCAGCAAAGCUUGCCCGCCAGUAUCUUGUCUGAUCUGGAUGACGUACUAGUUCCUGUUCUUCAUGCAGCCGCCAGCCAUCACAGAGGCUCUGCUAUAAACGUUGAACUACUUUUUAAAAUUCUGCGGCUUCUAUGAUGUAAUGAACCUUGCACUGCAAUCGCAAUCAAAUAUUGAUGUGUUAAG